AUGGAUAGCUUCGACUAUAACAACAACUGCUCACGUGAUGCUCUUGAUUGGUACGCAUUAAUCAAGCCGAAACGCAACCCAGAUAUCACCGGGCCUGGCUGCAUUUUGAAUAUGUGCGAUAUCCAAAUACUAACGGCUUUCGCUCUUCUCGUUAGCGCCUACAUAAUGGCGAGCCCAUCUUCCUCCGCACCGUUGACUGCUUACCUCUGGUAUCUGGUCGUCUUACUGGCUUGGUUUUGUGCAAUCACCCAUCUCGCUGGCCUUAGUGUUCUCCGAGGUUACUUCUUCCGCCGGCCAAGGAUGAAAGUGGUGCGAGUUUCACUCAUGUUUCUCGUCCUUGCUUUACUCACUGCCGCAUUGGUGCCCACUGGUUUCUUCGACUGGACAAGUUAUAUAAUUAUUAAUGGUGCCUCGUGGCCACAAUCUCCAGCAUUCUGUUACUUCGACAUCAAGACUGGUCAGAACCUAUGGUACUCGUCGUACGACCACUUUCGAAGCCUUUAUCCUGGUUGGGAUAAUGUCGUGAUUUCGCCUUCCCUCAUGGACACGAACGCCAUGCAGACAAUGAUCGUGACAGUUGUCUUGCUUCAUUUUGGCUUCAUCACCCGUUGUGUGAAGCUAUCUCAACAGCUUUCAUCCGUGGUGAACAGAAAUUUCCGACAACGUCCGACAAUGGAUCCGCUACUUUACCACGAAACCAUGUAUCUUUAUGGUGCAAGUGUCCUGACAACCGACCAAAGUGACAGAAUUGCUGGGAUAUCUUACAUUGCUGGAGACACCACGGCAGGCGGAAAUAGCACACAAGCUGACGCUGUCCACUUGAUAGGCGCGGAGGAUUCAAGUGGAGACGUCAAUGUCUGGACAUUUGGCCAGCUAGUGGCUGUACUUCUUCUUGCCGCACCUAUCUCUUCUAUGAUCUGGAAAUUUGUUGAAUAUGCCGUGGACAAGAGGGUCAUUACUGAUGAUCUGCAAACGUCAGACCCUAAUCAAAGAACGACCGAUGCAGCACCACAGAGUUCCAAUACGGGGGAUCCGGAGAGAAUUGAGGAGUGGCCCUUGGACAGACACCCUAUCCUCACGGGAGGACUACCUACGCAUGAAUACCGAGAAAUGCAAAUGGGUACGACAAACACAAACCGCCAAAACAACAUGAUGACAGGUCGUUCCGAGAGAUAUCACUUUCCCAAUUCAACAUGGCUGCAGCCUCUGAUUGCUUCGACAUUCCUCGCGAUGAUUAUAUUCAUUAUUGCCGCCUUCCUGUUCACCAGCUUUGACAGUCUAUUUCUUCCGCAGUGGAUGCCAUUUUUUGGGCUUCCCUAG